AUAUGUAAAUCCUAGAUGUGAAAAUAUAUGGAAUUCCUCUAUGAUCUAUGAAUCUAUGAAAGGUAUAAAAAAGAAAGAAAAACGCAAAGAAAAGAAUAGGCUAGGCAUAAAUCGAUAUGCUGAAAUUGAAAUAAAAAAGAAAUAAGAAGAGGAGCCAAUUAGAUACAAAUAAUGAAUCGUAAUAGAAAUAGAAAAUAAAGUUCAGGUUCGAAUUCCAUAGAAUAGAUAAUACGGAUGGGAUUGUCUAUAAUGAUAGACAAAUGAAAGACUUUCUCAAGAUUCUGAUUCAUCCACUUGAGAUUUUUAAAUGAAAAUAGGUUGGGUGAGCUUGCAAAUUCACUCAGUCUCAUUGAAUAAGUAAACAAUUGAAUUGGUUCAAGUUCAAUUGCAAAAAUCGUGCCAACAAAAUCGAGUGCUAAUUCCCAUUUUAUUGAAUUAACCGAUCGACGUGCUAGCGGACAUUUUUUUUGAAUUCGAUAAUUUUUGAAAAAACAUUUCGACAUAUUUAUUUAUUUUAUUAUUAUGAGAAUCAAUCCUACUACUUCUGGUUCUGGGGUUUCCACGCUUGAAAAAAAAAACCUGGGGCGUGUCGUCCAAAUCAUCGGUCCGGUACUAGAUGUAGCCUUUCCCCCGGGCAAGAUGCCGAAUAUUUAUAACGCUCUGGUAGUUCAAGGUCGAGAUAGUGUUGAUCAACCAAUUAAUGUGGCUUGUGAGGUACAGCAAUUAUUAGGAAAUAAUCGAGUUAGGGCUGUAGCUAUGAGUGCUACAGAGGGUCUAACGAGAGGAAUGGAAGUGAUUGACACAGGAGCUCCUAUAAGUGUUCCGGUCGGGGGAGCGACUCUGGGACGAAUUUUUAACGUGCUCGGAGAGCCUGUUGAUAAUUUAGGGCCUGUAGAUACUAGUACAAUGUCUCCUAUUCAUAGAUCUGCGCCCGCCUUUAUACAGUUGGAUACAAAAUUAUCUAUUUUUGAAACAGGAAUUAAAGUAGUAGAUCUUUUAGCCCCUUAUCGCCGUGGAGGAAAAAUCGGACUAUUCGGGGGAGCUGGAGUGGGUAAAACAGUACUCAUUAUGGAAUUGAUUAACAAUAUUGCUAAAGCUCACGGGGGCGUAUCCGUAUUUGGCGGAGUGGGUGAACGUACUCGGGAAGGAAAUGAUCUUUACAUGGAAAUGAAAGAAUCUGGAGUGAUUAAUGAAGAAAAUUUUGCAGAAUCAAAGGUGGCCCUAGUUUACGGUCAGAUGAAUGAACCGCCGGGAGCUCGUAUGAGAGUUGGUUUGACUGCCCUAACUAUGGCGGAAUAUUUCCGAGAUGUUAAUGAGCAAGACGUACUUCUAUUUAUUGACAAUAUCUUCCGUUUCGUCCAAGCAGGAUCCGAAGUAUCGGCCUUAUUGGGUAGAAUGCCUUCCGCUGUGGGUUAUCAACCGACCCUGAGUACCGAAAUGGGUUCUUUACAAGAAAGAAUUACUUCUACCAAAGAAGGGUCCAUAACCUCUAUUCAAGCAGUUUAUGUACCCGCAGACGAUUUGACUGACCCUGCCCCUGCUACGACAUUUGCACAUUUAGAUGCUACUACCGUACUAUCAAGAGGAUUGGCUGCCAAAGGUAUUUAUCCAGCAGUAGAUCCUUUAGAUUCAACGUCAACCAUGCUUCAACCUCGGAUCGUUGGUGAGGAACAUUACGAAACCGCCCAAAGAGUUAAGCAAACUUUACAACGUUACAAAGAACUUCAGGACAUUAUAGCUAUCCUUGGAUUGGACGAAUUGUCCGAAGAGGAUCGUUUACUCGUAGCAAGAGCGCGAAAAAUUGAGCGUUUCUUAUCACAACCCUUUUUCGUAGCAGAAGUAUUUACCGGUUCUCCAGGGAAAUAUGUUGGUCUAGCAGAAACAAUUCGAGGAUUUCAAUUGAUCCUUUCCGGAGAAUUAGAUGGUCUUCCUGAACAGGCCUUUUAUUUGGUAGGUAAUAUCGAUGAAGCUACCGCGAAGGCUAUGAACUUAGAAAUGGAGAGCAAUUUGAAGAAAUGACCUUAAAUUGUACUGACCCCUAAUCGAAUUGUUUGGGAUUCAGAAGUGGAAGAAAUCGUUUUAUCUACUAAUAGUGGUCAAAUUGGCAUAUUACCAAAUCACGCCCCUAUUGCCACAGCUGUA